AUGAGAGUUCCUAUCAAGAAGUACUUUGAAGAGAACCCAGAUGUCGUUUUAGUUAUGGAUGGUGGUCAAGGGACCGAAUUGGAAAAUCGGGGAAUCAACGUUGCGAACCCGGUAUGGUCUACGGUGCCGUUUAUUAAUGAGUCGUUUUGGUCUAGCGAUGCUUCGAAGGAUCGUAUUAUUGUAAAACAAAUGUUUGAGGAUUUCAUUGAAGCUGGUGCAGAUAUAUUGAUGACUAUUACAUAUCAGACCAGUUUUAAAUCGGUGAGUGAGAACACUCCAAUAAGGACCCUAGAAGAGUAUAACGGGUUAUUGGACCGUAUAGUUUCCUUCUCAAGAAGCUGCAUUGGCGAAGACAGGUACUUGAUUGGUUGUAUUGGUGCUUGGGGUGCACACGUCUGUUCAGAGUUCACUGGUGAUUACGGUCCUCAUCCAGAUCAAAUCGAUUACUUUGAAUACUUCAGGCCCCAAUUAGGAAACUUUGUACAAUCUAAGGAUAUUGACAUCAUUGGAUUCGAGACCAUACCUAAUAUCCACGAAUUGCGUGCUAUUUUGUCCUGGGAUGAGACAGUAUUGUCAAAACCAUUUUACAUUGGGCUAUCUGUUCAUGAGUAUGGUGUCUUAAGAGACGGUACCUCAAUGCAACAGAUUGCGGAUUUGAUUUCUUCCCUCGGCGAUAAAUUGAACUCAAACUUGAUGUUCAUUGGAAUCAACUGCUGCGCUUUCAACCAAUCGCACAUGAUCCUAGAAUCUUUGCAUAACUCCUGUCCAAACAUGCCACUAAUCGUAUACCCAAACAGUGGUGAAAUUUACGACACUGUCAAGAAGAUUUGGCUCAAAAACGAAAAUCAGUUAUGUACUUGGGAUGACGUGGUAAAAUCUUACAUCGAAAAUGGUGCACGUAUCAUCGGUGGGUGUUGCAGAACCACUGUCGACGACAUAAAAGAAGUUCGCUUGGCCGUGAAUAAAUAUGCCAAACAAACUACCUCCUCAUUAUAA